AAGCCGGGACCGGGACCGGGAUCGGCGCCGCCGGAGCCGGAGCCGCGAGCGCCGGAGCCGUCACCGGAGCCGCAGCCGCGAGCGCCGCCGGGGGGGGAGCCGCUCCCGCAGCCGCGACCGGCGCCGCGACGACCGCGCCCGGCGCCGCUUUGGGCACAGCAAGAGCCCCUUGUACCGGGAGAAGAGCCCCGUGAGGGAGCCGCUGGGCAGCCUGAGCCCCGAGGAGCGCGACGCGCGCACGGUGUUCUGCAUGCAGCUGGCGGCGCGCAUCCGGCCCCGAGACCUCGAGGACUUCUUCUCCGCCGUCGGCAAGGUGCGGGACGUGCGCAUCAUCUCGGACCGCAACUCGCGGCGCUCCAAGGGCAUCGCCUACGUGGAGUUCUGCGACAUCCAAUCGGUGCCCUUGGCCAUCGGGCUCACGGGGCAGCGCCUGCUCGGCGUGCCAAUCAUCGUGCAGGCCUCGCAGGCCGAGAAGAACCGUCUGGCGGCCAUGGCCAACAACCUGCAGAAGGGCUCGGGGGGCCCCAUGCGCCUCUACGUGGGCUCCCUGCACUGCAACAUCACCAAGGAGAUGCUGAGGGGCAUCUUCGAGCCCUUCGGCAAGAUCGAGAGCAUCGUCCUCAUGCGGGACCCAGACACCGGGCAGUCCAAGGGCUACGGCUUCAUCACGUUCUCGGAGGCGGAAUGCGCGCGCCGGGCCCUAGAGCAGCUCAACGGCUUCGAGCUGGCCGGGCGCCCCAUGCGUGUGGGGCAGGUCCACGAGGGCCCCGAGCUCGGCCUGCCCCUGCCCCUGCCUCUGCCCCCCGAGGGCCCCGACGAACCCGAGCUGCUGGGCCCCAGCGGGAGGCUUCAGCUCAUGGCAAAGCUGGCCGAGGGCUCCGGGCUGCAGCUGCCCAGCACGGCCCAGGCCGCUCUGCAGCUCAAUGGGGCCCUGCCCUUGGGGGCGCUCAACCCCGCGGCGCUCACUGCCCUGAGCCCGGCGCUGAACCUGGCCUCGCAGACGCUGGCGUCCCAGUGCCUCACGCUCUCGGGGCUCUUCUCCCCACAGACCAUGUGAGGGGCGGGAUCUAUGGGGCAGAAUGGGGGGGAUCU